ACUGAGAUCUCAAUUUUGAAAACCUGUAUUGAUUUCACAGAGAACAAAAUUUGAAGCAGGAUUUUAAUUAUAAUAUGAAAUUCAGUGAGAGAGUUAUGGUCAGCACUUCUACACAAGUCUGAAUUUCUUUUUUUAAUGCUCAGCAGUGACCUAGAUGUCAUCAAUUUGGUUACUGCAAAUCAAGCUAAAAGAGCGAUUUUAUGCUUCUACUUAAAAUUAUUUUUGUAAGUCCAGUAUUUCCUUUAAAAUUAUUAUUGCCACCCCAGUCUUUUAUGGACCUUUGGCAUUACCUAAAAUGAUUAUCUGCCUGUGGGAACAACUUGCCUUUAUAGCUCUCUCUGAAACACUGCUCUCAGUACUGGAGCUAAAGCUUCUGUAAAUACAUGUUUUGACCUUCAAGGAAACGCUGCUGUCAUAGAACAGGAGCCUGGCUAUUCUGAGGUGAAUGCUGUGACCACUCUUAAUCACUUGUUCUCUCUCCUAAUGUGCCAUUAUCCUGUUUAUUGCUGUGUGCACCUCGCUGGGGCACUUCAGCAAGAGGCUUUCUCAGAGCGUCACAGUGUUCAGGCUCUAAUGAGCGUUAAUGAUGGAGCAGGUGAGCAAACCCUCCCCACAUCUUGCUGUCAGAAAUGCUGCUCCUUCAGUCAGAGAGCAGCGGUGCUCCUUCAGGGCUGCACACAAACUUGCCAUCAAUCAAAUAACGUUUUAGACACCGACCUCCCUCGCUCGUGCAGGGACGGGAAGUGAUCCUGGGCUGGCGUCAGACGUUGCUGGAGUAAAAGGUGGAUGCUCAGGUGAAUAUGGGAAUAGUGUGAUCUGUUUUUCUGUCUACAGUGAAUGCUCUUUAAUUUUGUUUGUCUGCUUUUCACUGAGAAAUAGGUCUUGUUUUUGCCAGUCUUCUGAAGUUGAUGAAAUGAGGAAAAAAGGAAAAUACAAUUAUUAUUUUUUUCUUGCUGACUGUGGGUGUUUCUGUUGCUUACUCAGGUAAAGCUCUGACAACUCACAUUGGUUUUGUCUUCUGAUUAAAAGGAGCUGGAUUCUUGUUUUGUCUUUUUGGUCUUGCUGGGCAUGAUUUGGGAUGAGAAACUGCUGCCCACGGGCUGUUUGCAAAGUUUCACUGAACGCUGCAUACUUACAGUCACGAAUUAAUCUCCUCUAUAAAGGUCGAGCAACUUUUCAGUUCCUCAAGCAAUUCCUUGAUGUUGUGGAUGUGACAGGUCUUCAGUCAUCAUUUCUGAGCAUCUUCUGAAAGACUCCAAGAGUUCCACCUCCUUCAGAGAAUCAGAAAAAAAUCCGGGUUUAUUUAGAUUUAUUUUACAAGGUUUUACAACUGCAUAUUUUGGACUUCUGGCAGUGUAGAUUGUUGCUGUCUCCUAGGAGUGAAGUGGAGAAUGAUACAAACUUGUUCUGUUGGUGAUUGCGCUAUCGGGUCCUGCACCUUGGUGAGGUGGUUGUGAGCUUCUCAUAGGACUGAGUUGGUGUUACUCUGUUUGGGUAGGAUGAAUGGGCAACAGCAUGGAGUUGUCAGGCUGACAUUCAAUGCCCAAGACUACUUUUAUUAGUCACAGUGGCACCCAGGAGGCUCUCUCAGCCGCACACAGUCAGCUUUUAAGAGCACUCGCUCAGUGAAGGUGCAGAACUUUUCAUAAAUUAAUAUUUGAAUGAGAUUUCUUGGCUGUUGGUUUAAUCAACCUUUGCGUGUUGAACCGAGGAGAUGCAUAAACAUGGAGCUAAUGAACUGUACACAGUGAGUAAUUGCUGUGCUGCAGGAAAGCUUUAAGUCCUCGCUGUUCCCUCCACUGGUGCAAGUGUUCCACGGGUGGGCUGACUCGUGGUGGUGGUCUGAGGUGAGGUUUCAAAUUAAAGUCUUUAAAAUGUCCCUGCAGAACUCUGCUGUUGGAGGUUUCUGGAGCGUGAAGGUGGCAGUGCUGUCCAGGACACAGCGCUGAUGGUGUUGUGUCAGUGUCAUCCAAAGGUUUCUCAUUGUGCCAUCCUUGGCAGUGGGACUCUUUCAGAAGUGGCCUCUGAGAGGUUUUGACAGCCGCGGCUUCUCGUGUCAGGCUCGAGCUUUCUGCUGUGCCCCUUUAGAUCUUUGAAUGCCUCCCUAGCUGUGUUUUAAUUGUGAAACUAUGACUGAAAUUAAAUCAGCUUACAACUUUUGAAUCUUUCAACUCUUCCCGUGUUUUGGAGGUCAUGUAACAAGUCCCAGCACCUUUCCAGGAGCUCCUUGGAUGUUUUGCUUUGUAUAGCAGCACUGAUGCUUGUGGAGAUCAGGACAAGGAGAAAUCAACUGAUUUCCCCAGCUUGGCUCCUCCACCCUCUUUCCCAGAACUCUGUGAAAUGUUGUGACUGGCUGAGGACAGGGAAGUUUGAGCAGGGGUUUGGACCAGGUGGCCUCUAGAGGCCUUGUUCCAACUUAAAUCUCUGUCUAUAAUUCCAGUAAUGCUGGGACACUUGGAGCCUCAGUUAUCUUUGUUGCUGGGAUCCCCCCUUUGUACAGCGAUGGUGGGAUUUGAAGGGAGUUGUGCAGUGUUUCUGUAUAAAGAGCUUUAGUGCUCUAUGUGUUCAUUGUGAUGUUUGAUUUCCUAAAUACUGAACCAAACAGAAGAGGAUGGUGGCACCUCUGCAGCCCCUUCGUGCAGGAGGCACAUCUUGCCAUUGUCUGCCCCAGAACCGUGCGGGUUAUUGAGUCUCCACUGAAAUGAAGGAAGUUGUAGCCAUUCAUCUUUCAGCCUAAUGGACCACAGAAAUUACAAGCUGUAGCAUGCAGCUUAAUCUUGCCACAAGGCAGAGUGCUGCAUACUUUGCCUUCAAUUUAUGCAUGCCAUGCCUUUUUAUUAAAUGUAAAAGAGCAGUUGACAGGGUUUCUCCAGAGGACUUGCCUUGGCUAUACCUGGUGGACAGCCAGUGCAUUUCAGCGUAGUGAAAUGAAUGAUGGUGGUUUUUUUACCGUUCAUAACAACCACCUUUGAAAUUUGAGGGCAGAGUUAUGGAUUAUUCUCUGUGUGUCAAGCAGCAGAGGAGAGUGAGACAGCUACUUUGGUUUUAACCCUGCAGAUGACCCACUUCUUGAAGUGUUUCCGUUACCGUUACGAGAUGCAGUAAGGACUGGAGCAGCGGUUUCAUCUGUGCUUGUGUGCAGAGGAGUGAAUGCCCCAUGUUGUGUUAGUGCCUGUCUGCCAUGCUGGCCUGCCUGCCAGGACCAGGCGACCUCUCCUUUCAGCUUCUUUCUUACACGCAGAUGAACACUGGACUUCAGAAAUGGGACACUACACAGAAAAUGAGAUCUGCACAGUAUCCUACCCCAGCAGAAUUGGAUGCUUAUGCUAAGAAGGUCGCCAACAAUCCCCUGACUAUAAAAAUUUUUCCAAACAGCGUCAAGGUUCCCCAGAGGAAACACAUACGCCGUACUGUGAACGGACUUGAUACUUCGGGCCAGAGGUACAGUCCCUACCCAUCUCAGGCCACCACAAAAACGGGCCUCCUGGCCAUAGUCAAAUCUCCAGCAAAAGGAAUUAUCAAAGACUUUGACGGGACACGCACGCGCCUGCUGCCGGAAGCGAUGAUGAACCCCCCUUCCACGCCCUACGUUGCACCAAGCACUUUAACCCACCCCCAGGCGCUUGCUCGCCAGCAGGCUCUCCAGCAUGCACAGACUUUGCCGCACCCCCAGGGCAUCCCGCAGCACCCUCAGGGUAUUCCACAGCCACAAAGCUUACCGCACCCUCAGGGGAUCCCGCAGGCGCUGCCGCACCCGCAGAACAUGCAGCAGCCGCAGGGCUUGCAGCACCCUCAGACCAUGGCACACCAGACUCUGCAGCACCCCCCGAAUCCUCUGCUGCAGCCGGGUUUACAUGGAAGCAGAAAGAUGCCGGAUGCAGAUGCGCCGCCGAAUGUGACCGUGUCUACCUCAACCAUUCCCCUCUCUAUGGCUGCCACCCUGCAGCAGAACCAGCCACCGGACCUGAGCAGCAUUGUGCACCAGAUUAACCAGUUCUGCCAGGCCAGAGCUGGCAUUAGCACUACCUCAGUGUGUGAGGGACAGAUUGCAAACCCCAGCCCUAUAAGUCGCAACCUGCUUAUCAAUGCAAGUACCAGGGUAUCUACUCACAAUGUCCCUACACCCAUGCCUUCCUGUGUAGUAAACCCUGUCGAUCAUGCUGCUGCUGCUAUUCCUCCUGCCUCUGUUAAUGUGCCCAUGGUCAAUAUUAACAGGGUGCCGCCCGCCUACCAGAACGAAAUCAAAUCGGUUGCGUGGAACCAGCACCAGCUUGCACAUCUGCAGCAAAUGUGUGGGGAUGCUGCUGGGCCUGCUGGACUCGCAGGGAAGCACCCUCAGAGAGAGAUCGCAGGGCAGAGUUUUCCUGGCAAAACUUCCAACUACCCUCAAGAACUGUGCAUGGGCCAGUCGUUCAGCUUGAAGCCCCCCAUCGAGAAGCCAACGCCUUCUCCGCCUGUGAACGGGUUGCAGGGACCCUUGCCAUAUACCAAUGGGCACUAUUUCCAGCCCAUCUGGAAUAACAUUCUGCCCACGCCCAACAGUGACAGCUCUGGGUCCCAGGACCUCGCCAUGCCUUUCCACGGGGGACAGCCAGCGGGAGCGCCGCUGGAUUGUGCAGGAGGAACUCAUUACAGAGCUGGAGCUGGCCCAUCCAGCCAGAAUAAUGUGAUGCAGACCAUGGAUUACCUAAGCGGGGACUUCCAGCAGUCCUGCUUCCGAGACCAGAGCAUGGCCGUGCUGGGAAAAGUCCAUCGGCCCCCCAUGAACCGAGCACCUGAACCAACCGAUAGUCGAAAUCUUCAUAUUCAACACCCAGGGUAUAGAUAGGCUGCAGUCACUUUCACAGACAAAAAUUAUAGGUUUUAGUCUUAAUUUUAAUUAAUAAGCAAGGCGUUUUUAACUUGCAAACUUGUGUGAUCAUUAUAGUAACCAUUGGAAGAAGACAUACUGUAUAUUUAAGAGCUUUGCUUACAUGUUAUCUCUCUCUCUCUCUCUCCUUUAUGCAUCAAAUAUUUAACAUGCCUUUUGUGUCAAAGAAUUUCAUUACACUACUUCACGCCACAGCUGUUUCCUCACCGCAGAAUCCCCUUUGUGCAGCUUUUGCCUUCUGCUGAGCAGCUCCUCGCUGGACUGAGGUUGAGUUGCUGCAGGGUUUCACAGUUGCAUCUGUUCACCGGCUCCAGUGAGAGCAAGGUAGUGUAGCUGCUUCCAUUUCCAUCUCAAUUUCCUCCAAGAUUAAGAGCAACAGAAUUUUGUCAGGGAGCAGGGCUUAUUUUCAACUCGAAAGCCCAUUUCAUUAAUGCAUUAAACAUUGACCAUUUGCACUGUCUAGAGGCCUGUGUAAUUGAAAAAGAGCCUACGUCUGAAAAGAGACAGCUAGGGGGAUGUACUUAGGCAUUAAUACAGGAAGAAGCUUUCCAGCUGUUUCUUGCCCACGUUUAUCAUUUAGACUUUGUCCAAAGUCAGAAGUCUCUGGCAGAUUUUUCCGACACUUUUGUUUUCUGGACAGGGUGUGGAGGAGGGGGACGAUGAGUUAAGGACACAAGGCAGCAAGGCUGCCACAGGGAGCUGCCUUUCUUUUUCAUCGUGUUUCCCCUCCCCACUCCCCUUCUCCAGUGUCAAAGCUAACCUUGUCUGAACCCCUCGCUGCUAGGAGUCUGGCUGUCCUGAUGUGAAGGGAGUCCAGACCCACUGACAACUCCAAAAAGGGUUCAGCCACUUCUCUGGGAGCUGGAAUUAGUGUCAGGGUGAGGAGAUGCAGCUCCAUCCUGUCCCCGUUGCGGCAGCAGGAUGGGAGGUGGUUGAUUUUGAAGCAAAGCUCCUCUCACGAGCCACUGUGGGACCAACAGUCCCAUGUUCUUCUCCAUCAAAACACCCCAGCAUAUUUAAUGGAACAAUUCUCCUCUCUGGGAAUUAGCGAAGCUAUUUAUAACAUCCCUUUUUCCCAGGGUCUCGGUGCCUAACUCCUUCUGUUCCUUUCCCACGUCACUUCCAGCAGCUAGUUGAGUGACUGUAGGACACUAACUACUGGGUAACCUCAGCAUUGUGUUCUCCUCAGUGUACCAAAACAUCCCUUUCCUUUUUAACAGCCGAAUUUAUUGUAAGUAGAAAAUUCCUCAUCUCUGUUAACGAGACUAAUACUUGAACAUAAUGAUCACAGUCAAGUUUGGAAAUUAAAACAAAAAAAAAGAAAAAACUAAAAAAAAAAUAAAUAAAUGCAUUGAUUCUUUCUAUGUACACUGGCUAAAAAAUAUUGCUCUACACUGUAACUUUUAAGUGUAAUAUUUCUGUAUGAAUGUCGCCUGGUAGUGUGGGUUUGAGUAGCAUUGUGUAUGGGUGAACCCACUGGCCUCUGCCAUCCACUGGCCUCCCUCACAGCCCUUGGAAAAACAAAGCCUUAAGUAUUUGCUCCUUGAACUUUCCUUAACGAGCAUGGUUUAAAAAUCUUAAAAGACAUCAUACAAAAUUUAAAAAAAAAAAAAAAAAAAUUAAAAAAAAAUAACAAGUUUUGAAGUGACGUCAUAGUUGGCUAGAGAUUCUUAAAAGUUUUUCGUAAAUGGGAAAAUUAGAAAACAUUUAUUUGUAUUUUUUUAAUUUAGACGUGUAGUCCUGGGCUGUAACAAAUAUUUAGGUUUCAAAGCUUAGCAGAGUACGUUUCUGACUCCUUGCGUAAGUUAGUACACUUAUAUCAUGUCAUUAUUUAAAUUCUUUUAAGUGUACUAUAACCCGUUCUUUAGUGGUAACUCCUUAGCAAAGUUAAGCAAUUUGACUAAAGACGGAUUAAAUUAUGUGUUGGCUUGUGUUGCCUUAUAUUUAAAAAGGAAAAAUUGCCUGAUUGUGUUAUGCCAAAUGAUAGCAACAUGAAGUCCUAAUUUAUUGUUUAUAAUCGUAUUCCUGCAGUCUUUGUGAAAACUGGUAAAUAUACAUCUAUGAAAGAAAGAAAAUCCUGAGGCUUUUCAUGCAAUAUUUUUCUGAAUCCAUUCUGUUGGAGCCAGAGUUUGAGUCUGAAGCUGCUUCCCUUACAGUCACCCCGUCGUCUUCCCCGUCCCUUCCCCAAACCCAGCGAGGGCUGUGCUCUGACCUCACCCCUCCCUGCCCAGUCAGUCCCUGUAAGGUGUUCUGCUACCUGAGUACGUACCUUUUUACUAAAUAAAACCUUGGCAUCUCCUUUGUUCUGUAGCCUGCUCCAAAUCUCAACCCAGACUGUUAUUAAAAGCUAAUUUUUAACUCCUGCUCUUCUCCCGAGAGCCUGAGCAGAGUCCUGUGCCGUGGUGGUGGUGGUGGUUGCGGUGCCCGGGAGGUGUUUGUUGGUGUUGGCAGCACGUUGUGAGUUUUUGGGGACUGUUCUGCACGGGCAGUCACAGGUACAGCCACGGCCUCCGAGGCUUUGCCCCGGUGCAGCAGGACCGGGAAGCAAAAAUCCUGCUGAGACUCAUCCAGGUGGGACAUUGCUUGAAAAAUAAGAAUCAUUUUACUAUUAAAAUAUACUGAAACCUU